AUGGCGUCUAUGGUAUACGAUGAAUACGGAAGGCCCUUUAUUGUCUUGAAGGACCAACAGAGCAAGAACCGAGUCAAGGGUGUAGAAGCUACCAAAUCCAAUAUCUUGGCGGCCAGAUCCAUAUCCAAGUUGCUCCGAACAUCCUUGGGACCUAAGGGAAUGGACAAGCUCAUGGUGAGCCCAGAUGGAGACGUUACCAUUACCAAUGACGGUGCCACAAUUAUGACACAAAUGGAAAUUCACCAUCAAGUAGCCAAGUUGAUGGUAGAACUUUCCUCUUCUCAGGAUGAUGAAAUUGGAGACGGAACUACCGGUGUUGUGGUUUUGGCGGGAGCCUUGUUAGAGCAAGCGGAAGUCUUGUUGAACAAAGGAGUUCACCCUGUUCGUAUUGCCAGUGGAUUUGAGACGGCAGCGGAGGUAGCAAUUAAGCAUUUGGAAGUCAUUGCGGACCGCGUCGAAUUCAGCAGAGACAACUUGGAACCCUUGCUGACCACUGCCAAGACAACUCUGUCCAGUAAGAUUUUGCAAUCCCACCGAGACGAAAUGGCGCAAGUUGCUGUCCAGGCAGUCAUGAAUGUUGCUGAUUUGGACCGUAACGAUGUCAACUUUGAUAUGAUUCGUAUGGAAGGAAAGACUGGGGGAUCCUUGAAGGAUACCGCAUUGGUGAAUGGAUUAGUCUUGGACAAGGAAUUUUCGCACCCCCAAAUGCCGACCGAGAUUACUGAUGCCAAGAUCUGUAUUUUGACUUGCCCCCUAGAACCACCAAAACCAAAGACCAAGCACAAGUUGCAAAUUACUUCGGUGGAAGCCUACGAGGAGCUUUACGCCCAAGAGCAAGACUAUUUCCGUGCGAUGAUACAGAAAAUUAAGGACAGUGGAGCCAACUUGGUCAUUUGUCAAUGGGGGUUUGAUGAUGAAGCGAAUCACUUGCUUCUGCAACAGGGACUUCCCGCUGUUCGUUGGGUAGGAGGUGUCGAGAUUGAACACAUUGCCAUUGCCACUGGUGCACGUAUUGUCGCCCGUGUCGAAGAACUAUCGGAAGACAAGCUGGGAACCGUUGGAAAAGUCAAGCAAAUCUCUCUUGGAACCAACAGCUCGAGACAACAAGAUCGAAUCUUGGUUCUAGAGGACUGUAAGAACCAAAAGGCUGUCACUGUGUUGGUCCGUGGUGGAAAUAAGAUGAUUGUCGAUGAGGCCAAGCGAUCGCUUCAUGAUGCCAUGUGCGUCGUGAGAAAUUUGGUCAUUGACAAUCGUGUGGUUUACGGUGGGGGUUCGGCAGAGGUUUCGUGCUCUUUGGCCGUCAAGAAGUUUGCAGACACUGUUUCAGGAGUGGAUCAAUAUGCCAUUCGUGCCUUUGGUGAUGCUCUAGAUGACAUUCCAAUGGCAUUGGCUGAAAAUGCUGGUCUUUCGCCCAUUGAAGAAGUUGCUGCCAUCAAAUCGAGACAAGUCAAGGAGAAUAACCCAAGAGUAGGACUCGGGCUUAAUCAUAUCGACUUGGAUGCUAAAUUGGACUUGAAUGGAAAGAGGUUUGAUCAUUCUACCGACAUGAAGACUCUUGGAGUAUUUGAGACUCUGAUUGGAAAGCAACAACAACUGCAGUUGGCAGCACAAGUUGUCAAGAUGAUACUGAAGAUUGAUGACGUUAUCUCGCAAGGAAACUAUCAAUAA